CUGCGCACGGAUGAACGUCAUAAAGAAUGACAUUUAAAAUUUGCUGUUAAAGAUCAAACGAUAACAGAACGCGUCUCACGGUUCCGUACGUGUGACAGUUGUGUUACAUGGAGUAUUGAACGAGGGAGAAAACGCAUCAUGAACAUGGACAACGUGGACCAGCAUUUGAUUCACCAGUUUAGUUGUCUAGGCACCACCGACAAGGACGAUCUGGUGAAACAGCUGCAGAAGUUGCUGGCUGGUAGCCAGCUAAAUGAAACUACUGCUGCGUUCUUUCUGGAUAUGAAUAAUUGGAAUCUCCAAGCAGCUAUAUGUAGUUAUUUUGACUUUGAAUCUCCAGUUCAAAAUAAAUUUCCUUGUAUGACACUGAUAUGUGAUAGCACUAUUGGUGAAGGAGAAUCAAUACCACCACUCACUAAUUUUCAAAAAUCUUGGCAUAUACAAAAUAGUGGUACAGAAACAUGGCCUGAAGGAGUUUGCUUACAAUAUAUUGGAGGAGUACAAAUGGGUGCAUGUACAAGGGUACCAGUUUCAUCUUUAGGUCCUGCAGAAAUAACAGUAAUAAGUGUGGACCUUCAAAGUCCUCCAUAUUGUGGUACAUUUAAAAGUAAAUGGAGGAUGAUGGUAAAAUCUACAGAAACCUUUUUUGGAGAUGUUAUUUGGGUAACUAUUACAGUAAGUGAAAGUGGUACUCUGGCCAUUACUCAGCAAUUACAUCAAUUAAGUACUUCAUCAUCUAAUGAUACAAAGAUGUGCUAGCCCCUAAUGUCCAGAAACUUUCCUUAAUUAUUUUUCCUUUUUUUAAACGUCUUCGAUUAUUUUUAAUGAAGUAAAUUGAAAAUAACAUAUUUGUUUUAAAUACUUUAAAAUACAUAAAAAUGUUCUUAUUUCCCGCUAUAAUUACGCGAGAAAAUAUUUUCAAUAUUUACAUACAUGAUUUAAGAAAGUACUGGACUAAUAUAUUGUAUAGAUACUUUUAUUAAAUUUUGAAAGUUGCUUAUAUAAGGCCUUUUACCGUCCAUAUUUGUCAGUUACAUUAAAAAAUUUCUUUUAUUCAAUUGUUUUUGCAAUUCAAAGUGUGCUAAAAUUUAAUUGUUAAAAUUGUAACAGACAUAUAUGGACUAUUUUUAAAACUGGUACUGAAAAAAAUUGAUA